GAAUUUUAUUUGUUGUCACUGGAAACAGGACAUUUAUUGUAAUGUGACUAUUGACACUAUCGCCAACAUGCUUACCUUUUAUGAAUGUACACUUAAAGGUCAUAGGUAGUAAUGGACUAAAAAAUCAACAGUAAACCAUCUUAGGGAUGGAGAGAUAUGAGAACUUGGGAUUAGUCGGAGAGGGCAGUUAUGGUAUGGUGUUAAAAUGUAAACACAAGGAAACAGGUCAGUUAGUGGCCAUCAAAAAGUUUCUGGAGUCAGAGGAUGAUAAAAUUGUUCAAAAAAUUGCUCUCAGGGAAAUCAAGAUGCUGAAGCAAUUGCGCCAUGAUAAUCUUGUAAAUUUAAUUGAGACAUUUCGAAAGCGCAAGCGGCUCUACCUAGUUUUUGAAUUUGUUGACCAUACCAUCCUAGAUGAACUUGAAAAAUGUCCCAAUGGGCUGGAUGAAAAUACUUGCAGAAGAAUUUUAUGGCAAGUACUCAAAGGGACGGAGUUUUGCCAUUCACAUAAUAUAAUUCACAGAGAUAUUAAACCAGAAAAUUUGCUGAUCAGCAAGAGUGGAAUUGUUAAAAUUUGUGAUUUCGGUUUUGCUCGGACAUUGGCCCAGCCUGGUGAGGCUUACACAGAUUACGUUGCUACUCGUUGGUACAGAGCUCCGGAACUCUUAGUGGGAGAUACUAAAUAUGGCAGGGCAGUUGACAUCUGGGCUAUUGGCUGCUUGCUGUCAGAGAUGUUGACGGGUGAGCCUCUGUUUCCAGGAGACUCAGAUAUUGACCAGCUGUAUCACAUCAUCAGAUGUUUUGGAAAUCUGCCUUCAAGACACAAGGAAGUGUUCCACCGAAAUCCUCUCUUUGUUGGCAUGCGCCUGCCAGAAGUGAAAGAGGUUGCACCUUUUGGGAAAAAAUAUCCUCGUGUUUCUGAGGAGGCUGUAGAUGUUAUGAAGCUGUGUCUUCAGUUAGACCCAGAUCAGCGUCCUACCUGUACAGAUCUAUUAAAACAUAAUCUUUUUACCAAGGAUGGAUUUGGACCUCGUUUUGUAUUAGAGCUACGUCAGAAAAUAGCACAAGAACACUCAGGCAGCCACAACCUUAGGGGAAAAGAAACGUGCAGAACUCUAGAGCAUUCUUUGGAAAACUCCAAUGAAACUUUGGAGAAACUUAAAAACACAAAUGAAAAUCACAAAACAAUAAAAGCAGCUGUCAAGAAAAAGAAAAAAACAGACAUGAAAGAAUCUCAGGAAUCAAUCAUUGAGGAUAAAGCUAAUAAAAAGUCAACAGAGACAAGCUCCAAGGUUCCUGCUAAACAAAUCCCGCUCAAACCAGUUUCAACAGCCUCAGUUGUCAACCAAAGCAAUCAUGCCAUAAGUUUACCUCCAGCGACCACUGCCACUGCAAUUAUCAAUUCUAAUGCCUCUCACGCCAUUUCACAAGAGGAGGUAACCACUGACAAUCAUGACAAGGAGAGUAGAGAGCAUGCCCCACAGAAUUCCCAUCAGAAUGGAGGCAGCAUUCCACCAAUAACAAGUAGCCAUCAAACACGAAUGCCAAAAUUGCAUACUACAUUUUUAAGUCCUGCCAUCGUGAAGCUAAAGAGUGAUGAGAAAUGGUCACCUCGCAACCCACUGAUGAAUGGAAACAGAACAUCUACCUUCAGAAGCAAUGAAAAGUUUAAAAAAGUCAGCCAGUUCCCCAAGAAAAGUCCUUCUAAAACACAAUACAACUACAGCGCCUCCACCUCGCCCCAGUCAGUUCUGAUAGAGAGAAGCUCAGUUCAGGAGGAUAGUCAGGAGAAACUGAAGAAUAAAAGUCAAGUUAACCUUGAUAAAAGUCAUGAUGACCGGCCGGGUCUUAGUUUGCCAGAAGUGAAAAGAGCCGCUGAUGUGAACACCAAGGGCAAGGACAAGCAGCUGAGUCCUUUCAAGAAGUCAAGUUUCUCCAGCAUCCCUCACAUAAACAACAAUGAACCUUUGACCUCUAGCAGUUCACAAAUGGAGGUCACCACAGGUCAUGAGAGAGAGGGUCAGAGUUCAACACUUCCUAAUGUUUGAUGCCUUCAUAUCCAUUGGUCCAACAUUAAUCCAUAUAAAUAUCACUUAAGUCAAAACAACUCAGGCUGCAGCUCACAGUUCAGUUUUAAUUAUUUAAUUAUUAUUUGUUUGUUGCUGAGCAGAUUCUGUUUUCCCAUGGAUUUAACAUGAAAUCUGAACAAACAAUGAACUUUUUUUAAAACCAAAAUAACUUAAGUCCAUUUUUUUAAAUAGAAGAAAUUUGUAUUCCAUAAUUUAUUUAUUCUUGUGGAAAAGCACUCAGAUUAGAUUAGUAAAGUAAAGUAGUAAAGUUCCCCUUUCUGACCUUGUGAUCUAUAGGGCAGAUGAUGUUAAAGGUCAUCCGUUUCUUUAGCCAAUGGUUAACAAGCAGGCCAACACAAUGACCAGCUCUUUUACUUUUCCCCAACUAAUGUCAAGUACCCAUCAGAGUUAGGUGAACUCAAGAGCGCCUUAAAAAUCCCAAAAUUCAAAAUUCCAGUCUUCACCGAAAUUCAAACCCAGGACCCUAGGUUCAGAAGCCAAGUGCUUAACCACUCAGCCACCGCGCCCUUGGAUUUGAUUGAUGAACUAGAAACAUGUUUUAAUAUCUCCAUAGUUUAAAUUCAGCAUUUAAAAUAAUUCUCUGUUCAAGUAAAUAUCUCAUACCCACUUAACCGACAAUCAUAUCUUGAACAUGGGAGGUAACUGUUUGUGAGAAGUGACUUGCCUACUUAUGUUUCAAAAAUACUCAAGAGUGAUAUUUUAUAUAUAAAGUUUCUAAACAUAUUUUUCUAUGCUAAGAAUGUCAUUGAAUAAGUGAUACUGAUGUCAUAAUGGGCCUUGUUACUAUUUGCUAACUUUUGGGGUUUGCAUCAACCUACUGGCCUUCUGUGAUUGAUAUCUUUUUUUACCUAGAGGCCUAAUUAUGUGAUUCUAUUAUUAUAGGAUGGUAUAAUAAAUGUUUGGGUUUGCAUCAACCUACUGGCCUUCUGUGAUUGAUAUCUUUUUUCACCUACAGGCCUAAUUAUGUGAUUCUAUUAUUAUAGGACUGUGUAAUAGAUACUAUAGGGAUAAAUAAAAUUAAGUUUAAUUAUUAAAAUAUAAAUGUCUUGGCAGUUGAAUGAACUUCUAAUCACCCAUUCUACAUGUAUUUGUAUCUGCUGUGCAUAAUGGGGAGCAUUUAAUACAUUAUCAUUAUUGAUCAUUAACCUUCAUUGUAAUUAAUCAAGAGUUUUUAAUCAUUUGAUUUAGUCAAGAAAUAAGCUGAAAAGUGAGUGAAAUGUUAUGACUAAUACAAGAUUUUGUGUAUAAUAUUUUGUAUCUUAGAAGUCAGCAAUUACUUUCAGUUGGUAAUAUGACUUGUAAUUUGAUUGAAUGAUUUAAUUUAUGAAAUGCCUGCUUCAUUAUCCUAAUUAGCUCCCUUUUCAAAUGCCUGCUAUAAAAUCCCAAUUCUGCUCCCUUCCAAUGCAUAGAAAGUAUUGCAUUAGUUAGGUUGUUUUUUUUUUACAACAGCAUUUAAGGAAUGUGAGAGAUGUGAAAUUUAGAAGAGUUGCCAUAGCAAAUAUCUGCACUAAAAGGAAAUAUUUCUUAACCAGCUGAAGUAGUUUUAAUUUUAAUAUUGUGAUCAAGAUUUUUUUGGGUAUAUUGCAAACAUAAUUAUUUUCUUGUGCAUUUUCUUGGGGUUUUAUCUGUGUUUAUCUCUAAGCUUUUUUAUGAUGUAUAUAGUUCAGUGAUCACUCUUUCCUUUCUCUUCAUGAGUUUCACUGACAUUUACAUUUUACCACUUGUAAAAACUUCCAAGUUUUCAUUAUAAGUGCUAGCUUUUUUUUUUUUUUUUUUUUAAUGUGUAGUGAAUAGAAUGUUGGUUAUUGUUUCUAAGUCUGCUAAGUUUUUCUAAUGUAAGCUAACAGAAGUAGAAGUUAAUCAUAAGUAGGAAAAAUGGUUUCAGUGGCUAGAUCAAGCCCCAAAAAGCCUUGUGUUUAUAGGAGCAAAUAGGGGGACCUGACCAUGCCAGCUAGGCUCUCAAUCAAGUGUAAAUUAAUGAUGAUGAUCAUAAAUAGAAUGUCUGCCGAGUUUUUCUGUGGUAUUAGCUUACAUAUAAGCUUGUGCAAUUAGAUAUUUCUUAAACCAACAUUCUUCAUAACUAUAGAGCAGAAAAAAAUAUUUUAUUCAACCAGCGAAAGGUACAAUUUAAAUCUCUUAAAAUAUAGAAUUAGAACCUAGACAGGGUUGGGACUUCAAAGAUCCUUAAUGAAGGAAUGUGAGUUGAAUGAUAUGAUAAUCAUGAGAUUCACUCUAAGUUCCUAUUUUCUGUUGCACUUCUCACCAGUUAUAUAUAUUUGUUGUUCUGAAUGACCCAUCUCUGAAAGUAUUUCAAAAGGCAUGUUAUUAUUAUUAUAGCUUUUAUAUAGCGCUACUUUCAUGCUUAUAGCAUUCUCAGAGUGCUUUUGUCCAAUCUCAUUUGUGGACCAGUGUGGGGGGGGGGGGGGGGGAGGGGGUAUCUAGGAGUUGGUUUUCCGUGCUGCCUUUAGGCGUUCAGUAAACGCAACUCUGCCCAAGUCGGGUGUCGAACCUCUAGCCCCCUUCUAGGUAGCCAAGACCAAGCGCACUUAGCCUCUCGACCACGCUUCCCACCAGUUUAUGUUUCCAAUAACUCAACUUUAAAAGUAUUACAUUGCAAUGCGUCAUUUAUUUUGAUGCUGUUUGAUUCGUCAGCACUGCGUACACUACAGAAGCGUUUUAAUGUUGCCCUCGUGACGUUGUCACUAUUUAAACCUGGACGUUUUUUGUUUGAUGAUAAAGUAAAAACUCAGGUAAAAACAGAACUAGCAUUGAACGGAACUGAAUAUUUAUAUAUGAUUUAUAACUCUUAUUGUGAGAUACUGCGUCUAGUGAUCACUAGUUUCAAGAAAUGUAAGUGACAUUUUGUUGUUUAUGAUAAAACUUAAAUACAAGUAGUUUUAUAAUUGAAGUUGACUCAUUUUUAUUAAGUGCUUGGUUGGAAAUUAUUUUUUUUGUUUUAAUACUGUACAUUUUUUUCAUUGCUAUGAGUAGGCAAAGUGACUACAAAUUACCUUGAGAUAAUACGGAUAAGGGAGUUAAAUAUGCUGAAAUGUCCUAAGAUGUUGUUAGAUCUAGAUCUAAUUGUCAUCAGUUAGCUAUUAUGUUGACCAGUUAAUGUUAAAUUAUGAUAUAAAGCUGCCAUGAUUUGUUUAAAUUGGAAUGAAUAUUGAAUAAAUAUAAAAGUUAGGUCUUAUUUCUAAAAUAAUAUAACAGUAAUCCAUCAUUGUGUCAUAAUGGUAAUGAUAAUACAGUGUUUUUCUUUUUUGCCAUAUUGUUUCACAUAUCAAAAUAAUUUUGUUAGAGAACUUCUAAUAUAGAUAUAUUGUAUUCCAAUUCUGAUUUGGAACUAAUAGCCAACACAGGAUAUUAUAUAUUAUACUUACCAGAUUAAGUUAAAUUAUGAUAUAAAAUUACCAAGUUUUUUUUUUAUAUUACAAUGAAUACUUUUAAAAAUAUAUAACACUUAACUUUCAUAUAAUCAUCGUUCUCAUAAAUAUUGUCAUAUUGUUUCACAUAUCACUGGGUUUUGUUUUUUUAUAUUUGUGUGUGCAAUAUAAUAAUAAAACUAAACAUACAAUUUUUUUUUAUUCAUCUACCUUCUUAAUGAAUGCAUUCAAACCAACCUGUUCACUCAAUAACUUCACGAUUUUUUUAAUGUCUUUAUGCUGCUUGCAGUGAAAUCAAAUCAACAGUAUUAAUUGUUCACAUUUUGCAGUAUUCAUAUAUGCUUUAUUCUUUCCCCUAAAUUUUGUGGUUUGAUUAUGACUUAUUAUUAUUAUUUUUUUUUUAAGCUGUGUUAAUCAAAAUGUUAAAAACUUUAGUACAUCUAUGCAGAAACUAAUAAAGAAUUGACUUCUUUGCUUAUUAUUGUAGAUGGAAAAUAAUUUUA